UUAACCAUCUAUGUAGUUUAAAUUUGGCGAGUUACCGUGUAUCCAUGUUUAUUUUUUUUAUUGAAAAAAAACACAAGCUAAAUUUAUUUAUUAAUUCCGGCAUUUGCGUUUGUUGCGGUUAUAAAACAUCACGCUUCAGCUUUUCUAUGAUUUAUUUAUGAGUAAAAACUUAUUUUAAGGGUUUGGUAAUCAUUAUUUUUUCCGAGUUUGUCACCUUUUUGGCCACAAAGGUGUCAUUUUUAGCUAUUAAAGUAAUAAACAAUAUAAUUACACAGAAAUGGGAACCAAAGUUGACCCCACAAAUUUAUCCGGAAAACACCUCCGAUUAUCGCGAACUAUUAUAAUAAUCUUCACUAUUAUUGUUAUGUUGAUGACGCUCGGAAUAAUCGGCCUCAUUUGUGUUCUGCUAUUCGCCUACAACAUAGAUGAAUUGUCUGAAAUUAUAAACUCUCAGACUACUUCAAAUUUGGGCAUUUUUGUCCUGUCUACUUUCGGGGUCCUUCUGCUGACGUCAUGUUUGGGUCUGUGUGGUGCCCUGAGACAGUCGGGAUGCUCUUUGAAGCUAUUUGCCUUUUUCCUGACAAUUCUUACUGUAAUUGAAUUCGCAGUGGCCAGCUACUAUUUGGCCUACAGCUCAGAAGUUGAAUCUUUCUUGUCUGACCAGAUGGACUCAUCAAUGGAACACUACAAAGGGGAGAACUCAACUGGGGCAGACUCCAUCGCCUGGAACUUCCUCCAACUCAAGUUCGACUGCUGUGGAAUUGAAAGAGAGCAAGAUUGGGUGGGGACUGCGUGGGAGAGGAUGAACAACACUGUGGAUGGUCAUCAUCAGAAAUAUCCUUACACGUGCUGCAAAAUAUCACCAGAGCCCGGCAUCGAAAAAAUCAGAGAUGGAUUGGUGAGACCAACUUCAGCUGACCUCGAUAAAUGUUACAUUGGUUCUCCCCCACCAGGACUUCAUACAGAGGGGUGCUACGACACUCUAAAUCAGCUGAUGAGUGAAUUUGGCGUGUGGAUAUCAGUGGCUAUUUUUGUGACCAUUGCAAUCCAGCUACUGUUAGUUUAUCUGUCAUGUCAGAUUUCAACCAAACACCAAGCCGGAAAUUCGUUCAUGUUUUCAAGCAGAGUCAAGGACGAAAAGGAGUGAAGAGGAAAAUCUUGAAAGGAAAGAAACAAGAAAAAAAAGAGUUUAUUUUGUUAUUUGCGCCUACGAUUUCAAUAGUGGCGAAGAAAUCGCACGAAGAAACUGAGAGCAAGAAAAUUAAAGGGGUGAACUAAAGAAAAAUUAUUGGAUUUCAUUGACAAAUUUUCCUAUGCUGUCUAUGAAGGAGUAUUAACCCUAAAAAUGAAGAAACUGAACAGUUAAACAUACUAAUUUUGAACCUAAUUACGAAAAAUUUCUCUGUCUCCUCUAUGUGAUAAGGUUUGUAUAGCUUGUUGAACCAAAUUGUUGAAGUUAGUUUAGUUGAUCUUUUUAUGCUGUUGCUUAAUUAGUUUGAAUUGUUUUCCUAAUGUUCAUUAUAGAUAAUCAGGUUUUAAGUAUAUUUUAGUACCUGGUGUCAAAUUAACCAGGUGUUAAAAUUAUAAUCUUUUA